AUGAAAGCAGCAGCGCUCAUGAUAGGAUGUGAAAAUGGUGGUAUGUGCGCAUUUUCGUUCGACAAUCCACAAUUACAUUCAUGUAUCUGUUUGAUGGGCGUUUACGAGGGGGAUCGAUGCCAAUACGAAGUGGUCACUUACGACAUGCGUCAGAUGGAAAUUGAACGACAAAGAGAAGAAAUGCGACGUCGCGACUAUGAGCGACGGUUGGAAGCUGAGAGACGGUUGGAAGCCGAGCGACGGUUGGAAGCCGAGAGACGGCGAAUAGAAGAAAGUCGACGUAUUGGUGUGAUGCCGCGAAUCGAGGAGUUGCGUCGUCGUGACGAGGAACUUCGCAGGAUUGCCGCCAGAAGACGUGAGGAGGAACGUCGACGAGAGCAGGAGGAGCGUGCGCGACAAGAACAGCGGCGUCACGAGUUCGGUCAUCACGAAGAGCAGCGCGUUCGCGAUGCUGAGCAGCGACGUCAAGCUGAAGCCGAGCAGAGAAGGAUGGCUGCGAUGAGGGAGCAGGAAACGCAUGUGGAGACGUCGCGUACAGGAGAAGAGGUCGAUUCCACAACAACUGGACACGGUGAUGAACACAUCGUCACACCGCCUGAUGCGGCCGACUGGGACUACAAAAGCGAAGAGGUUGACGACACACCAGAAGACUAUUUACCCAGUGAUCAUGUAGAAGAGAUGGAAGAAGCUGUGACGGAAAAGCACGGUAAUAUGGAGGAAGAACAUGAGCCAGAGCAUAUGCAUGAAGAAACCGACACGAGUACCGUAUCCGAAGGUGCUAUUACAGAGCCAGGGACCGAGGACGCUGAUGACACGAGCACAGCGGCUGUGUUGAGCGGAAUCACCAAAAUUAUCGAAGGGGCUGCUGAUAAGACAGUGAAGGUGCAUUCGCUGGAUAUCGAGACUGAGAGUCACGGUCUCGGUCCUGAAGAUGACGACUACUGGGAUCACUCGAUCAAACGGGAAGACGAAGAUUAUGAAGCUCCAAAGGUUGCCGAUUCGAAUGAGCAAAGCAAUCUCACACCAGGUAUGUUACGCCAGAGUUGUUCAUGGCAAAUUUUACAGCAACAA